AUGUAUAUUGAAAUGCUAGUACGUACAGUAGAUUGUCUCUGUUGCACUGCUUAUACUUUACGUAUGCCUUUGCGUGUACAUCCUGAUACGGGCCUUUCGUACAUCAUGCCGGUGAAGAAAGAAAGAAGUGAAGGUGCACAAGUCAAAGAUUUAGACGAGCGACUGGAUGUGGAAGCAGAAGAAGAAGAGACUCCAAGGAAACGAGUCAAACACGAAAACGAAGAAGAGAGAUAUGCUCAGAGCCGACGUUGCCCUUACUUAGAUACGAUAGACAGGCAACUUCUGGACUUCGAUUUUGAGAAACUGUGUUCGGUGUCCUUGUCUCAUCUCAACGUCUAUGCAUGUCUAGUUUGUGGCAAGUACUUUCAAGGUCGAGGACGGCACUCUCAUGCAUAUACUCACAGUGUACAGAUGGGGCAUCAUGUGUAUAUCAACUUGCACACUUUGAAGUUUUACUGCUUACCAGACAACUAUGAAGUUAUUGAUCCAUCCUUGGAAGACAUUAAGUAUGUCUUGAACCCGACAUUUACUCUUGAGGAGAUUGCUCAUAUUGACCAGAAGAAACGCGUUCGAGGUCUAGAUGGCUCGACUUAUCUACCUGGAUUGGUUGGAAUGAACAAUAUCAAGGCCAAUGACUACAUGAAUGUGAUAUUUCAGGCACUAGCACAGGUUCCUCCAGUUAGGGACUAUUUCUUGAGAGAGGAGAACUAUGUGCAUAUCAAACGACCACCUGGAGAUCAGUCCUUUAUUUUAGUUCAGCGAUUUGGCGAAUUGGUAAGAAAACUCUGGAAUCCGCAAAAUUUUAAAUCUCAUGUCAGCCCUCAUGAGAUGUGUCAGGCUGUAGUGAAAACAAGCAAGAAAACAUUUCAGUUCACGGAGCAAGGGAAUUCUAUCGACUUUCUUCAAUGGCUGUUGAAUACACUUCACAUGGCAUUAGGCGGUACUAAGAAAGCAGGAAGCAGUGUUGUUUAUUCUACUUUUCGAGGUGCUAUGCGUGUCCAUACUAGGAAACUACCACCUCCAUCAGAGAAUGAAGAUGAGUAUCGAAAGCUUUUACAACACGAGGAAUUUCAAGAAAAGACAACUGAGAGUCCAUUUUUGUUCCUGACGUUAGACCUGCCACCUCCUCCUCUAUUUCAAGACGAGUUUGAGAAAAACAUCAUACCACAGGUCCCUCUCUACGAGCUCCUUGCUAAAUUCGAUGGCACCACACAGCGAGAGUAUCAAACCUACAAAGAGUCGUUCAUGAAACGAUUCGAACUCAUCCAACUUCCACGUUUCUUGAUUCUCUGCAUCAAGAGAUUCACGAAAAACAACUUCUUUGUGGAGAAGAAUCCCACCAUCGUCAAUUUCCCAUUAGAGAUCGACUUGGCGGAAUUUCUAUCCAGUGACCCCGCCAUUCAAGAUAGACAUCCGCAUACAACCUAUCGUCUCAUGGCUAAUAUAGUUCAUGAUGGAAAACCAGAGCCUGGUGAAGGUAGCUAUAGAAUCCACGUGAAUCAUAGAGGCAGUGGUCAGUGGUUCGAGUUGCAGGACCUACACGUGACGGAUUUGUUGCCUCAGAUGAUCACCCUGUCCGAGUCAUUCAUACAGCUAUACGAGCUGCGUCAUGACGAGCCUGCACAGAGUUCAUAACCGACUUCUUCUCCCAUGGUAUUUUAACUCAGUAUACGUACACCACAAGACUUGUAGUAGUGGUCAUCACGUUUGGUAAGAAAAACCUCUAAGACUAAAUCAUUCACCACAUAUCCGGAUAACCUGGAAGUUCUAGAUUUUUAAGCACAUAUUACAAUUAUACAUCAACUUAUAAUUGAUAUGUUCUAUACAACGAAGGUGCAAGGGUCUGUAGGUAGAAAACCACUUCCCCCAACAGUCGUGUGCUGCGGUCCAGUUUACAGUCAGUAUCAUUCAUUGAGGUUUCACCUUGCCGGUCGUUAGAGUUCUACUCGCAGCUAACGGUGGCAAAUGGUACUUGUCAGGCUCCAGAACGGUCGCUCUCGUUUUGACGAAGCUGGCGGGGAGUAGCGGCUGCGUGUCUCUGCACGGUCUUUUGCCACACACGGACUCGGGCGGUGGUGCAAGCACGAUGCGGUGACCGGUACCGCUUGAAGUCCUCCUUACAUGAAGGCGUGAACACAAGACGGGAGGAGGAUUGGGUGGCAACAUAUUACUCGCUUUCUCGUCACAGUCGUGUCUGAGAGUAGCCGCUGUCA